GUCUCGUUUAUCCGUUAACGUUUGUCCCUGAGAGCUCGCGCCUGCGAUUCAGAGGUCACGGUGACGUCACAGUCCCCGUGGAGGGCGGAACGCAGCUCGCGGCAGCAGCAGGUGAGAGAGCGCGCGCGGCAGAGCGGAGAGCGGAGCCAUGGGGAAGCUGCAGGAGUUUGACAUCUUCUUCACCAACAACAAGGUGGUCUACGGUCCGGGGGAGUCCGUCGGCGGGGUCGUGAGGAUCCGGACCAGCAGCGCGCUGCAGUACAAAGUCAUCAAGGUGAACUGUCAGGGGUCAUGCGGGGUCUCCUCCAAGAUGAACGACACCACGUGGAACCUGGAGGAGCAGUACUUCAACAGCACGCUGUCGGUCGCUGACAAAGGGGUUCUGUCGCCGGGCGAACACAGCUUCCCCUUCCAGUUUGUCAUUCCAGCUGCGGUGCCCACUUCCUUUGAGGGGCCGUUUGGGAAGGUUGUUUACCGUGUGCAGGCGAGCAUAGACACGCCCCGCUUCUCCAAAGACUACAAAGCCCUGAAGGUUUUCUACCUGCUGAACCUCCUCAACCUUAAUGAAGUGCCCAACAUCGAGCAGACGAGUUCUGCCGUGACCACCAAGAAGUUCAGCUACCUCCUGGUGAGGACAGGGACGCUGAUGCUGAAAGCCUCCAGUGACCUGAGGGGUUACGUCCCGGGUCAGGUCAUCAAGUUAUCCACUGAGAUCCACAACAAGUCUGGGAAGGACACCGGGUGUGUGCUGGCCAGUCUCUUACAGAAGGUGAUGUAUAAGUCCAAACGUCCGAUGUUUGACCUGCGAGCCAUCGCGGAGGUUCAGGGAGCCGGAGUGAAGGCAGGGAAGCAUGCGGAGUGGAAGGAGCAGAUCAUCGUGCCUCCUCUUCCUCAGUCUGCGCUCGCCGGCUGCAGCCUCAUAGACAUCGAGUACUUCAUCCAGGUCUCUCUGAAGUCUCCGGAGGCGGCUGUCAUUCUUCCCAUCUACAUCGGGAACAUCCCGGUCAACUUGUCUCCUUCCAGGAGCACGAUCAGCAGCCCAGACCGCAGCGGCGCAGCUGGACCUUCAGGCGUCAUGCCCAGCGCCCCCCCAGUGGAAGAAGAGCUGGAGGGCAACCUGUGUGCAGGCGGGGUCACAGGAAGUGAAGAGAUUCCCACCAAAAGCCACUCCCAGCAGGAUCCCUCUGGGCUGCCAGCCGUAAUGUCCCCCAGCGCCUUCAGCCACGCCCCCGCCGUGGCGCUGCCCCCCAGCCUGGGGUGGUCCGAGGCGUCGGCUCCUCUGUUCUGCCUGUCGACCGGAGCUACCAUCCCGUUCUUCACGGAGGGAAGUGCAGCCCCCGUUCCCACCUCCUGCUCCCUUAUCCUCCCCCCAGAAUACAGCAGCAGCGAUUACCCCCACGAACCUCCUCCGACCUACGAGGAAAGCUGCAGCACGAUGGGUUCCAGCUUUAACGGCGAGCACUAGAGAAAUGGGUGGGACUUGUUGUGGCCCCACCCAUCCAAAUCCAGGCAAAGACAUACUGGAUGGACAGAGAUGGAUGGAUUUCCAAAAGUUUUUGCCUUUUAUGAGGGAAAAUCUCUCAUUUUAGUUUGAACUCUGAUGUGAUGGACUAAAAAGGGAGCGUCCAUUAAAUCAUGGUGCCUCAAAGGAGCCUUUUGAUCCUCUUAGAGCAUUUAGAACGUCCGGUUCCUGGACAUGUUGGACCCUUUAAACGGAUCUUUUAAUCCUAAAAAUAAUGAAUGCAUCUGUGAUGCCUUUAAAGACCAUUGUACCUAAUGAUUGUUCUGACUGGUUUGUCUGAAUCUGGUCUUUUUUUUGUGUGUGUCGCUGCACCUCUGCUGUCCUGGUACUGGAGGUCAGAACCGCUCGCUCAGCUGAGGAGAAGAACCCCAAACUCCUCUGUGAGGAGGACCAAUGUGACCUCUUUGUUACAGCCAGAAUUUAGUUUGAUUUUGAGCCUAUGAACAUCAAAAUUUUGUUUGAUCCCAAAAAUAUUUGCUUUGUGAAAUCCCUUCACAUUUUGACCUUGAAAAAUAGAUUUUUUUCUCUCCUUUUUAAGUUGCUCUUUAUCACCCGCUGGUGUUGCUUCAGAGAAAUUGCAGGUUUUCUUCAGAGAUCUGCAGGUUUCCAGCAUCAAAACAAAAAUAGGUGAACAUUAUUCAGUGGCAGAAGUGUAGCACUCUGAGGAACAAUCAUAGUUUUUUUGCCUUAACAUAAAACCAGGCUGUGCACAGCACUGCACUUUUUCCCGCCGUGAGCGUGGGAAUUCUGACUGAUCACAUCUGCUGCGUGGAACUGUUUGUCUAACUAAAUGUGUGCAUGGCGGGACACAUUUCCCUCACUCACCUGCAGUCUUUCUCAAACUUCAUUUAAAAACAUUUCUGUUCGUGAGCCUUUACUUCCUCCUGUUUCACAGCUGAGUUGUAUUUCAGUAAAGCCCGGAUCUGUUUAGAUAAAUAUAUCUGUCUACAUACCUCUGGUUUAGUUUUGCAUGUAGAUUUAUGUGAAUUCAUCAAAUGAAAUGGCAGAAUCCAGGGCUGAACACUGCAGAUACUCUAAAUCUUAUCAAGUAUUUUUGUCAUCGGUGACGUUUAAACACAAAAUCUUUAAAAAACGUUUCAACCACUAAUGCGAUCAACAUAAUUCCAGUAGAUUUUGAAGGAGAAAAGCUUUUCUCCUUCAAAAUCU